CAACUUCCGUUUACAGUGAAAUCGAGGUUGAACGCCUGCGCAGCUUGCACUUCCUCUUUCUAAAAUCCAAGAUGUCGAAGAGAGGACGUGGAGGUUCCUCCGGAGGGAAAUUCCGUAUUUCCCUGGGUCUGCCAGUGGGCGCAGUCAUGAACUGUGCUGACAACACAGGUGGUAAAAACCUAUACAUCAUAUCUGUGAAAGGCAUCAAAGGUCGUCUGAACAGACUGCCAGCUGCUGGCAGUGGCGACAUGGUCAUGGCUACAGUCAAGAAAGGAAAGCCAGAAUUAAGGAAAAAGGUCCAUCCUGCAGUAGUGGUUCGGCAGCGGAAAAGCAUAAGGCGGAAGGAUGGGGUGUUCAUAUACUUUGAAGACAAUGCGGGGGUCAUAGUAAACAACAAAGGAGAGAUGAAGGGUUCUGCCAUCACUGGUCCAGUGGCGAAGGAGUGUGCUGAUCUCUGGCCCCGUAUUGCCUCCAAUGCCAGCUGUAUCUGCUAGAUGCCCCUGGACGCCAUUACAAACUGAACUCCAGGAAUAUAAUGGACCAUUUAAUACCACCACCGACUGCUCCUGAGAGUAGUCCGAUAACUGAUUCAGCAAUUAUGAACGCUCCUUUUUCAUGUACAGAAAAAAAGAAAAUAAUAAUUAAAAAACCCUUGGAAGAGAA